AUGGGUUCCAUCAAUACUGCUCCGACUCUACCCACCAUCAGGCUCAACGAUGGAAACGAGAUCCCAAUGAUAGCGUACGGUCUAGGAACCGCAAACUUCAAGAAGGGAGGAAGAACAGACUAUGAUGAGAACGCGUUCAACUAUACAUUGACUGCCAUAAAGAGUGGCUUUUAUCAUCUUGACGGGGCUUCAACGUACGGAAAUGAGGAGGAGCUCGGUGCAGCUAUCAGAGCAUCCAACGUGCCGCGGGAAAAGCUGUACGUUGUCACCAAGCUCAACGGCUGGAAGAAGCAAGACGUACAGAGCGCUUUUGAUACUUCGCUGAAGAAACUUGGGCUUGAUUAUGUGGACUUGUACCUCAUUCAUGCUCCAUUCUUCGCGGAGAGGCCUCAAGAUUUACAAGAGGCUUGGGCUAUCCUCGAAUCUAUCAAAGAGUCUGGAAAGGCCAAGUCAAUUGGCGUUUCUAACUUCAUACAAGAGCACCUCGAGACCAUCCUUGCCACAGCAAAAAUUCCACCAGCAAUCAACCAAAUCGAAUACCACCCCUAUCUGCAGCAUGGUAAUCUCAUAGAGUACCAUCGCAAGAACAACAUAGCUCUAUCGGCCUAUGCGCCACUAACAGCUAUUAUACGUGCCAGGCCAGGCCCCGUAGAUGCUCUGUACGCGAAUCUGGCAAAGAAGUAUGGUGUCACUGAAGGGGAUAUUGCGCUGCGCUGGUGUAUUGACCAGAACAUCGUGGUGAUCACGACGAGUUCGAGCGAAGAGAGGUUGAAGAGCUAUAUGAGGAAUGUGUGGAGUUUUAAGCUGACGGCUGAGGAGAUUGAGGGCAUCGCGAUGAUGGGCAAGCAGAAGCACUUCAGGGCGUUCCAGAAUCAGUUUAUUGCGGAAGGGGAUUGGCGAUAG